GAGAGAGAGAGAGAGAGAGAAAUUCAGCACUGGAAGGAAUGAGGGCUGCCUUUCAUAGCACAGAGGGGAGACGCAGAGUGAGUCCAGCGAAUGGCAAGGCGGAUAAUUGGGAGCUGUACAUCUGCCAGUUCUAUAAGGCCUCCCAUUCAGACAGCUUAAUUGUCCGCAAGGCUUUCCCCCACCCCCUCUCCCUCGCCCCUGAUAAAGAUCCUUCAGCUGGUAUUACUGAUUGUAUCCUUGGCUUAUUGUGUAAAAAUAAAAAAUAAAAAUCUGUGGGGUUGCGUUCAAUCUGGAGAUCAGCCUCUAAUCCCUUUCCAUCACUCCGAGGAACAUGGCAUGCCACCGCAGCUGCCCCCCGGAGCACACCUGAAAUUUUUGCCCCUCGUGUGGAAGCCAGGGGUGUGUGUGGCGGAGGGGGGAGCAUUUGGAGGCAGGGGGGGGGAAAUGGUUGCUGCUCCUGGUCAGUGUUAACCAAAAAAGAAGAAAAAAGAAAAUUGGAGCGUGUGCAUGUUUUGGGGGACGCAUCCAUUCUCUCUGAGCUUUGACCAAAGUGAAAACGUAGAGCUAUGGAGUCUCCGACGAAGGAAAUUGAAGAAUUUGAGAGCAACUCUUUGAAAUACCUGCAACCGGAACAAAUAGAGAAGAUAUGGCUUCGCCUCAGAGGACUGAGAAAAUAUAAGAAAACGUCACAGAGGUUACGAUCUUUGGUGAAGCAGCUAGAGAGAGGAGAGGCUUCUGUUGUUGACUUGAAAAAGAACUUGGAAUAUGCUGCUACAGUACUUGAAUCUGUGUACAUUGAUGAAACCAGGCGUCUGUUGGAUACGGAAGAUGAACUCAGUGAUAUCCAGUCAGAUGCCGUGCCCUCGGAAGUACGGGAUUGGCUGGCUUCUACUUUCACACGGCAAAUGGGGAUGAUGCUGAAAAGGAGCGAGGAGAAGCCACGGUUCCGAAGUAUUGUGCAUGCCGUUCAGGCUGGGAUAUUUGUGGAGAGAAUGUACAGACGGACAUCCAAUAUGGUUGGACUUAGCUACCCACCAGCUGUAAUUGGAGUGCUAAAGAACGUAGACAAGUGGUCCUUCGACGUAUUUGCACUAAAUGAUGCCAGUGGGGACCAUGCACUGAAAUUCAUUUUCUACGAAUUGCUCACACGUUAUGAUUUGAUCAGCCGCUUCAAGAUUCCAAUAUCUGCUCUUGUCUCCUUUGUGGAAGCCCUGGAAGUUGGCUACAGCAAGCAUAAAAAUCCAUAUCACAACCUAAUGCAUGCCGCAGAUGUCACACAGACUGUUCAUUACCUCCUUUUUAAGACAGGUGUAGCGCACUGGUUGACAGAGCUGGAAAUCUUCGCUAUGAUCUUUGCAGCUGCCAUCCACGACUAUGAGCACACCGGGACCACCAACAACUUUCACAUUCAGACACGGUCAGAUACAGCCAUUCUUUACAAUGACCGGUCUGUGUUAGAAAACCAUCACCUCAGUGCAGCGUUUCGCCUUCUGCAAGAUGACGAGGAGAUGAACAUCCUGUCUAACCUCUCAAAGGAUGAUUGGAGAGAAUUUAGGACUCUGGUUAUUGAGAUGGUGUUGGCCACGGAUAUGUCCUGUCACUUCCAGCAAAUCAAAGCCAUGAAGAAUGCGUUGCAACAGCCAGAAGGAAUUGACAAACCGAAAGCCUUAUCGCUGAUGUUGCAUACAGCUGACAUCAGUCAUCCUGCCAAGGCAUGGGACCUACAUCAUCGCUGGACCAUGUCACUGCUAGAGGAGUUUUUCAGACAGGGUGACAAAGAAGCAGAGCUAGGGCUUCCUUUUUCCCCUUUGUGCGACCGUAAAUCCACCAUGGUCCCUCAGUCUCAAGUAGGUUUUAUCGAUUUCAUUGUGGAGCCCACUUUCACUGUGCUGACUGACAUGACAGAGAAGAUUGUAACACCUCUCAUUGAGGAAGCCUCCCACUCUGGCAUGACAGGGUUUAGGCGUUCCAGUCUGAAUAGCAUUAGCCCCUCAGAUGUUAAAAGAUCAAGUGUCAAGAGUACUGGAUCAGAAGGAAGUGCCUCUCUCAACUGCUCCAUUCUCACUGUGGACUUCAAAGGUUUCAAAAGCACCUGGACUGAGGUGGUGCAACAAAACCGGGAGAAGUGGAAAGCACAAGCAACCAAAGAAGAGAAAGCCAAGAAAGAAGCCGAGGAGAACGCUCAGCAGGGAACGGACGACAAGAAAACGGAAGAAAGCGAAGGGAAAAAGCCGGCUGAGGAAACCCCUGGCCCCAAGUCAGACAGUAGUAAAGAAGGCAAUUCGGGAGAAAGCAAGAGCACGGAAGCCAGCAAGACUAAUGUGAACGGGACUCGCCAAACGGCUGGUAGCAAACAGGAAGCUUCUCAAGGAAAAAAUGCAACUCAGGUGGAAAAGGAGUCAGAGUCCAAGGCGACAGCAGGAGAACAAAAGCGGCUUGUACAGAAUGGUUCAAAACAACUUAUGAAACCCGCACCAUUGCCAGAAUCCUCAAAUCGGCUCACGCUGCCAGAAAACUAAGUGAUUCUUCGGGAAAGAGCAUUACCUCCUCAACAUGCCAGCCCAAUUGCUCGGAGGCGAUUUAAA